AUGGAAGCUGAGGGAGGAGCGGCGGAGGGCGACCUUGCAGCUUCACCCGGGACGACUGCAGCAACAGCAAGCUGGCCAGCAGGGCCGCCACAGGACAAAAGCGGCAUCAGCAGUGGUGCAGAGGCGCCUGCAGGUCGCACGCUGCCGCCAGCCCCCGUAUCCGGCGCAGGAGCGAGCGCUGAGCCUGGCGCGGAGGCCACAAGCCCGCUGCAGCCGCAAAAUGUGCAGCAGCCUCAGCCACCUGCAGCUGCAUUCUUGGCUCGCUCGCGCCUCAGCAGACACACAGCGGGAUGGGACAGCGGCAGCAACAGCGCCGCAUGCACGCCGCAAGCCGAGCCCCUUGACAGCCUGCGGCCCAGCCCGUUGCCAGACGGCGGCGGUGUGCGCGCCACAUUGGCGGCGCGGGCCUCUGGCGGCCCCGCGACACUCCUGGCUCUUGCGACUGCGGGUGCGGGACGCAGCGCCAACAGCAGCGGCAGCGCCCAACCUUACGGGCUGGCGAGGACAGCCUCCCUGCGGGAGGGCCCUGCCGAGGGCGACGCCAGCAGCAUGGGCGGCGGCGGUGGCGCCAGCUGUAGUGUCGUGCCUCCUCCCCUGCUGGCGCCUCUGCUGCUGCCGCGCUGCGACUCCCCUGGGAGCAUGAGCUUCAGCGGCCUGGAGGCGGGCGCGGGCGGCCCGGGGCAGCUGCUGCGGCUGCACUGUGUGAGCUUCAACAUGAGCAGCGCCAAGCCGCCCACGCCGCUGCCGCCGGCGCUGCUGGGGCUGGACCCUUCUCAGCAGGAGCUGCAGCUGCAGGGGGAGGGCGCGGGCACCGCUGGCGUGCAGGGGUGGUCAGAGGGCGGCGGCACGGGGGCGCCUGACCUGGUGGCAGUCGCGACUCAGGAGUCGUGCAGCCUGCCCGAUUGGGAGCGCAUGGUGGGUGACGCCCUGGGGCCGCGCUACUGCCGCCUGGGCAGCGUCUCCCUGCGCGCCAUCAGCCUCUCGCUCUGGGGCCGCCGCUCCCUGCGGCGCCACGUGCGGCGGCUGCGCGCGAGCAGCGUGGCGACAGGCAUCGGCGGUGUCGUUGGGAACAAGGGCGGCGUGGCGCUGAGCCUGCAGCUGGGGGAGCUGUCCCUGCUCUUCGUAGAGCGCCGCAAUGCAGACUACCACAGUAUACGGACAGGCCUCUUUGCAGGCGGCGGCCUCGCCGCCUCUGCGGCGGGUGCCGCGAUCCCCAUAGGUGGCGCAAGCAUGACGGGCGAAGGGCGCGGCAGCGGCUUUUCUGGGGGCGGCGGGGAGAGCAGCAGCGGCGGGAUGUUCCGUGUGGGCAGCGAGAUGAACCUGGCGCUGCUGUCACCCGGCGGAGGAGGCAGCCUGUCGCCGACGCGGCUGCGGCAGCCGGCCCGAGGGGCCUGGGGCGCGGCUGUAGAAGGCGGCAUUGGUGGUGAAGGACCGGCGGGCAGCAGGCUGGGCCAGGGCUCGUUUUGGGACGAGGCACCGCUGGCGGCGGCGAAUGCAGCCGGGACAGGGGCAUACGCGCAGCAGCAGCAGCAGCAGCAGCAGCAGCAGCAGCAGCAGCAGCAGCAAAAAGGGGAAGGUGACAGCGGCAAGCACGGAUCCCAGGAGGGUUCCGUGCCGUCAGCCAGGGGGAGGGGCGGCCUCUUCAAGCGGCUUGCAAGUGGCGGCAGAGCAAUUGGCGGCGGCGGCAGUGCUGGCAGUGGCGGGGGCCUCUUUGCCCUCCGGCGGCGCAACAGGGUGGCCCCGGCCCCUGACGACCUCUUUGGCCUCCAGCCCCGCGCAGCCAGCUUCCCCAGCAUGCUGCCAGGGGGGCUUGGCGGCGGCGCCAGCGGGAGCUGGGCGUCUCAUCGGGCGGACGGCCUCGGAGCAUCCCUCCGCCGAACUGGCGGCAGCGCGAGGGACCUGCGGGAAUUGGGCGCGCGGUCGGGGCCACAGGGGCUGAGUGAUUCGGGGGUGCCCAGCAGCGGCGCGAGCACGCGGUCAACGAGCGGCGGCGGGUCCUCGAGCGCGUCUGAUGCGGGCGGCUUGGUGGCGCGCUCACGGUUGUCGUUUCUGCUGCCCUUUGGCGCGCUGGCGGGGCCCGCAAUACCCCCUGGCCCUGAUGCCACUGAACAGCAUGAUGCAGUCUUCUGGAUGGGGGACCUCAACUACCGGAUCAAUGGUGGGGGCCGCGUGGUGUCGUACCUGCUGAGGUCACCGCUGGCCGAGGUGCUGCACGCCAACGACCAGCUGGGGCUGCAGCGCCGGAGAGGGGCGGUGUUCGAGGGCUACCAGGAGGGCCGCGUCACCUUCCCCCCGACGUUCAAGUUUGAGCCCGGGCCCAGCGGACGCUACGCGCGGCAGCGCGCCCCCUCCUGGACGGACCGCAUCCUCUGGAAGGCGCGCGGCGACGCGGCGGCGGGUGCGGGCCUCGCGGAUUCCGCUCCUGCGAGCGACGGCGGCAGUGGCUUGCCGCGGCUCGGCGGGGCAGAGGACAGCAGCCGCGCUCUGCCAUUUGCGGUGCGCCAGGCGUACUACGACUCUGUUCCCACAGUGUACAGCAGCGACCACAAGCCGGUGGUGGCGGGGUUUGAGGUGGCGAUGGGGCGCGCCGCGCUGGGGCUGCGCGCGUCAGCCGGGUUCGGGGACGGCGGCGACGACGGGGGGGGCCAGGUGGCGGGCGGCUGCAUCAGCCUGUGCAGCGUCAUGUGA